AUGAAUUGUCAAAAAGUUAAAUGUAUACUUCGUGGAAUAUCAGAUAGCCAAAAUUUGGAGACGUUAGACUUCAGUCACUGUAAGAUUGGAGAUGAUGGUGCUAGUUACAUAGCCAAAUUCAUAACCAAGCAUGGUAAAUUACGGAAUUUAAUUCUGGCUGAUAAUAUAUUUGGUCCAACUGGCAUUGAAACAAUAUCACAAGUAUUGAAUUAUACAAGCUGCAAAAUACGUACAUUAGAUCUUAGAUUAAACAACAAGUUGGGAUCUGAAGGAAUUGCUCAUAUUGCCGUCUCUUUGGCAAGAGGAUGUAACCUCACCUCCUUGAACAUAUCUGGAUGUGGGAUUACACCAGAUCCACUGGAGAAACCACCAGCUGGAGUAUGGUCAGCUAUAAAUGCUGCGAAUCCGCCGACAUGUGGCGAUCUGUUAGCAAGAGCUAUUGGAUUAGUUAAAACUCCAUUACGGUCUAUUGAUAUAAGUGUUAAUAAUGUGGGAUCGAUGAGUGAUAUGAUACUAUCGAACGCUAUUUGCCUCAGUUAUCUUAUUGACAUAAACCUUAAAAGAUCUGGCAUGAGAUCUUUUGCAAUGGCCAUUGCUGAAUCUGCUGCUGCGGCGCAGCGAUUAAGAAGAGAAUCUGAAAAGGGUAUUCGGUUUAGACGAAGUGCUGGAAGAGUAGUUCAAGCUCACAGAGUAGUAAAAGGAAUGAAUAUAGAUGCGGACCCAGUUUUAUUCGCCCAGCAACUCUCAGCACGACCUUCAAUUGUGUCGGUUGCUUCAGAAGAUGGUAUAUACAAUAUACAAACUCAGCCAUUACCGAAAGAUUUUGGUUUUGUACCUGCUAUAAAGAAUCCACUACCAUCAAGUUAUGAUGCAAUGACUUCUGGUCCUUCAACAUCAAGAAGAUCGAGUCACCAUAUUUUGAUUAUAGAACCUGUUCAGGAACUACAGCAUGCUACAUUAAAACGCCGAAAAUCAGAUGGCUCUCUUCAAACAUCAUCGUCGAUACUAACCAAUUGUCAACUGUCAAAAUCUAGUCUCAAGUAA